CCUCCAGUCGAGUCUCAGAUCAAAGUGGCUUAUUGAGCAACUGAUUUAAACAGACUUUUUCGUAACAAAAUUUUCGAAUUUCCCACACAAUGCUAAGACGUAUAAAAAGCGUGAAGCUGCUGCAAUCGCCAUUCUCUCUCGCCAGCAGACACCGCCAAAUCACUACCAAAAUCGACGAGCACACCCACGUAACUGGCGCGAAUGCGUUCAUGGCCAAAGGAGAUGUACGUACGGAGAAUGUGAACGUGUUGCCCAAAACCAAGUACGGCGGCAUCACGCAUGUAACGCUCCUCUGUGGCGAAACCAUAAUUGGCAAGCAGGGCGCCAAGUACGUGAAAUCGCUGCUGUCCAGCGCCCGGGUGCCGGUCGAUGUGCAGCGCAUCUUUGUCGAUCAGGGCACAGAGUAUUACAAUUCGGUGUUGCGCAAUCGCGCUGCCAUCCAUGUGGACAUUGUGCACGAUGCGGUUUCGAAAAAGAAAUCGCUGAAGAUCUGCAACGAUCUCGAUCUGCAGGUCUUUCUGACCAACCUGCGCAGUUUUCCGGGCUUCAACUGCCGCUUCCCCAAUGUGAACAUCCAGCUGAUCGCGCAAAACAACAUGGGCAACUAUGCCGAGCUGGAGUAUUCACCAGUGGAGGGUGUGGUCGAGGGACUGCGCGUUGUCACCAGCCGGGACAUCAAGCGGUUUCUGCGUUACGCCUUCAAGGCUGUGAUGGAAAAGAAGCGACAAAAGGUCACCCUUGUGCACAAGUCAACCGAGUGGCCAAAGACUGAGGGUAUCAUGCUGGAUAUUGCACACAACCUGCAGAAGAAGGAAUUUCCCGACAUAGAGCUGGAGCCGAUGGAGCUGGACAAAUGCGUUGCCCGUCUGAUGCUCGAUCCGGGGUACUUUGAUGUGCUGGUCACCAGCGAUCUGUACGGAACCUUUAUGGCUACCAUUUGUAGUGCCAUCUGUGGUGGUGCGAAUCUGUUUUCCUCGACUGAGAUUGGGGAACAUCAUGCCGUGUUCAAGCCGCUGCAAACGAAACUCUCGCUGACCAACUACAAGGUGCUCAGUCCGUAUGGAAUUGUGUCCACCUGCGUGGAUCUGAUGCAUCAUCUGGGCCAUGAUGAUUGCGCCAAUGCGCUCUGGACCGAAAUGAUUCGCACCAUGGAAUCGGGCAUCAAGACGGCCGACUUUAAGGGCACAGACCGUGACGAAUAUGUCAUAUGCAAUAUUAUGAAUCAGCUGCGUUGCAACAUGUUCACCGAAUUUCGCAAGAACGAUUGAGGAAAUCAACUUUGUA